AUGAGCUCCGCCGUCAAUCUCUCGUCUUUUCCAUCCGACUUCAGUCUUCUCCACUACCAGAACUGCACGAUUGCCGGAGAAUGGGCGGCGACGUACUGGCGCACUGCCGAAAUCCCGCUCUAUUGGACGAUGAAGUUCCUCCAAGAUGGUCUUUCAGACUACUACAGCGCGAGGAACGAGAGCAUCCCCAAUGACUACGAAAUCAUUGCCUGGAUACUUAGCCAAGAUGAAGUGGGGGAGAAGCAGAUCUGGGACCAUAUGGAUACCUUUGCGUACGACCAGUGCAGCCACGAAGUGUGUCCGCGCAUCGGGUGGAAGGGGAAUUCUGACUUGGCUGGUCGAGGAAUGCUUGUGAACUACAUCAUGCAAGCGGUGCUCACUACUUUCUUUUUCGCCAUCCUCGUUCCAUCCAGGCUCAACAAGAUCUCCGAGGAGGUCAAGAACUACCGCCCCUACGCGCGAAUCAUCGACGCCAUACAUCACUCCUCACGCACCUUCCUCGACGCAGCUAUGAUGUUCUGCCUCGCGAUGCUCAUUGCAGCCAUGGUAACCUUCGCCCGCACUGUCCACAACGGCUUAAAGGCCCCGCUCACCACCUACACUUCCAUCACCUCGGCGUUCAUGGCUCUGUACUCGGUUCUGCCGGCCGUGCUGCUACACGCCUGCAUCUCAAACCAACUGCGCCGCGCCAAAUGGAGAAGGGCAUCCUGGGUCAUCACGGUAUUACUCGGCCUCGCGGUCAUGGGUCUCUUUCUCGCGGCACCCGACAUGUUCGUCAGAUACCAGAGCACAUCCAACGUCGAAGCACUGGUCCAAUCGCUUCACGAUCCCGACCAUCAAUUCGCCUGGGAUGCAUGGUGUCUGAACCACGUCGCUGCGCGCAACUUCCUCAAGUAUGCGUGGUUCUUGAACGCGCUGCUUCUCGUGUUCUGCAUUCUGUAUCUCACGUUGCUGUGGAACUUGCGCUUCGACAAGGCGCCGAGAGACUGGAUACGCAGACUGCGCGACCGUGGCGGAGAGACGAACCAGGACGGCGAAUGGUCUUUCGGGCAGAUCCUGGGCCUUGCAACGUGGCUGCCAGUGGUGAUUGAGUUCGUGCACAUACUCGUGCAAGGGCCGAAGGAAGCAUUGAACGGGCAGGUUAUGGAGCCGUUCCAAGUGGUGUCGACUGUAGAUGCUUCAGCCGUGACGGCGACGACGCAGGAGAGUGAGAAGGGCGCAGUGGAGUAUAAGGCGGUGCCGGUCUGA